AUGCGCCGUCGAGAAUCAACCGUGUCGAUACCCGGCGGCAAACAAGAGCGUCUUGUUGAAACCGAGUAUGCUUUAUACCAAGCGUUGACACCGGAGGAGGCCACCGGCGACAAGGACUCGUCUUCAUACGAUGCAUUCUUUUCUCGUUUUGCCGGGCUUCCCAAGACCACAAGAAUCAGUGAAUGGGACAGAUGGCCUCUUCAGACUCGCGGAGAACGUGAAGCAUGGUUGCAAGAUCGACUGGCCUCGGUCACGACCCCCAUGAAUCAUGGAACAACCGAGACGACGACCGUCGCACCCGGGCUGGCCGGAUCAUCAAAGACUCAACCACCAUCUUCUGCACGGAGUCCAUUCGAUGUUGACGGCUCUGGUGUCUCCGAAACGGCGGGUGACGUACUUCAAGAGCGACAAGGCCAUCUAACUACUCUCGAGAACUCCACGGGUACAGACUCUUGGACCUGGACAGGAGACUUGGAAUUCGGACCAUCGCCGACAGCACCGACACCUCAACCAUUCCCAACCGCGCCUGUCGUGAGCCCGAAAAAACGAAAGGAGCCAUACACGAACUCUGUGACCUUGGGCAAUUCACGCUACCAAGCCAGCCAUGCUCAACAACAUGGCGAAGCUGAGACAGGCCUGGAUGGGGGAAAGUGGCAGAAGUAUUUCUAG